UUCGCAUAUACUGAGUUGAUUUCUUUUCUGAAAGUGUUCUUGUAUUGCAUGUGUUCUAUUAGGUUAGAUCACAUAGGCUUUUAUGUAAUGUGAUUUAAAUAUCCUAAUUGAAAUGUAAGGUGAGCAGUUUCUAAUAGAAUUUUAAAGUAAACAUAGUGAAGGAAGUCUAGAAAAAUAAACCUUUGGCAGGAGACAAGGCAGUCUUUUAUUAAUCUCUGUAUUAGUCAAAACACAUAAAUUUGAAUUUGACUUACUAUGUUUUUAAAAUAAUAAUUCAUCCUGGUCAGUAUUGAAUAUGAAAAAAUAGUAAAUUAAGGAAAGUAAUAUUGGUCACUGAAUGAAAGGAUGGAAAUUUAUCAUGUUUUAAAAAUUACUCGAGCAGUAGGAUGCCUGGCUGGCUCAGUCAGAGGAGCAUAUGACUCUUGAUCUCAGGGUCAUGCAUUCAAGCCCCACAUUGAGUAUAGAGAUUACUCAAAAAAAUAAAUUCAGAUUAUUUGAGGAGUCUUAAAACCACAUUACAAGUUUCUGUCAUAUAAUGUGUUACAAAGAUUACUUACUUGGUAACAAUGCCACUUCAAAUAAAUAAAACUUCAUUUCUUAGGAGAAAAAUACCCGGAUUCUAGUGUCACUGAUUUAUAGCAUCCUUCCUCUCUGAUUUUUAAUGAUUUCCAUAUUCAAAUUUAUCUUUAAUCCAAAUGUCAUGACAUUUAAAAUCAAACAUGCUAAUGUGAUGGAUCACAUGGAUUAGGUUACAUUUUUGCUAGUUCUUGAAUGGAAAGAAUCAUUUGCAAUGUACUACCCCUUGUGUUUGAAGUUUUAACAAAUUCGUUGUUUUAAUUUUGUUUGUGGACAAAUUUUAAUCAUGAUCAUCCAGACUGGUUUGUACAAAGUGUUGAGUCAAAAUGCCAGCAAGAAGAAUUUUAAAGCUUAAAAGGUGGUUGGUAAUUGGAAGUGUUAACAGUGUUCAGAGGAUAUAUAUGUCAUUCAAAAAGAAAACUCAUAUGAGGGAAAGCCAGGAACAUAUUGAGAUGUGUCCCUAAGGAAUAUAAAAAGUGUAUUAUAUUGAGCCAAGGAACUGAAGUAACAUCUUCGUUUAUAAGUGCAGUUCUAUUCCUUUGUCUCCUUGGCAACCAUAACUCUUGAACCAAAAGAACCAAUUAUUUUCUGUCACAUCUUUACGCUGAAAAUAUGUUCAGAGAAGGAAAUGGUCAAGUUUACUCUGCUCCUGGUGCAUUAACCUCAUUAACCUCAUUUCCUUAUGAAUCCAGCCCUGAAUCAGAGCUGUGCCUGAGAAGACCCUACCUACCUGACUAGACCAGUGGCAUCCACUUAGAAAUACUGUAUUUCUUUGCUGGUAGUUUUCAGUGUUUCAUAAUUUCCUUAAACAGCUAAAAAGCAGUUAAAAAUAUUUUAAAGUGACAGCAUACCUUGCAAAAUGAACAGUAGUUAAAUAAGACAUAAACUGAUUCCAUGCAAGUAUACAUGUAGAGUUUUAUCUAUAGUCUCUUUAAAAUUUACUUCAACAAAAGUGAAGUUUAGAUAUAGUGUAACAGUUUUGAUCUGUUGAGAUUGGAUUUUACCUGUAUAUUUGAAUUCCAGAAUUUUUUUUUUAAUGUUUAUUUUUGAGAGGGGGAGAGAGACAGAGCGUUGAGUCGGGGAGGGACAGAGCCAGAGAGACACAGAAUCCAAAGCAGGCUCCAGGCUCUGAGCUGUCAGCACAGAGCCCAAUGUGGGGCUUGAACCCACGAACCGUGAGAUCAUGACUUGAGCUGAAACCAGAUGCUCAACCGACUGAGCCACCCAGGGGCCCCGAAUUCCAGAAUUUCUAAAUAAAUUCCCUAAUUAGGAAAUUAUAAAAGUCAAAACCUACUCAGCCACCACCUCCUAUAUUGGUUGACUUAUAAACUUCUUUAAUUUCUCACUGUAAUUUACUUUCCUGUUAAGGUUGCAAGUUUUAUUAAACCUUAUUUUUAUAAAAGUGGCCAUAAAUCUUUGCUUUUCUCCUCUUAGGGACUUUGCCAGCUAAUGCGGUUAUAAAAUCUUGUUACCCAUGUUUUGAAUGCCAGUAGGGUGGAAGAUAACAAGUGGAAUGGGGGAGGAGAAUAAGCUAACUGCCUGAGGCUUACAGAUUCAGCAUUUCUUUGAUACGACAUGCAAAAAGUUGGGAGCCUUGGUCUAUUUCUGGAGACAGGCCUGGGAUCACCAAGUAAGAGGGUGUGCUCAGUUUGCAGCUGCCUAAUUUGAGCAAUGCAGCAGAUUUACAGGCCAAAAUUCUUCCUCAGAAAGCAGUGACACCACAACUCAACAUGUGAAACUAUCAUAGAUUAUUCAUAUAUAAACACUGAUUAUUGACAGAGUCACAAAGACAAAAUACAGUACAACAGGAAAGGAGUAGUCCAGAGGAAUCCUGUAUGUGUUUACUUUCAACUAACUUCAAAGUAAGUCUUAAGCCUUCCAGUAUAUUUAUCGGAAAAAAGAGCUCGGAAACAAAAGCAAAGUGUUGUGACUUUUUAUAUCCGGCCACCUCACCUAUAUCAUUUUCAAGCUGGUGUUGGCACAGUUUCUGAAAAUGCUGCCACUUCCCGACAGGUUAUUGACAGACACACCUGUUCUGUCUACUGUUGUGGGGUAACCGUGAGCUUUGUUGCUUUAGCUCUCUCAAGUGUGGUAAGGAUUCCUAAGAAGGCGGGGGUGAGGGGUAGAAUCACUUGAGAAAUCAUUUUCUGGUAGAUCUUGUAAAACUACUGAAAUUUAUGAAAUUGAAAAUUAAUAGCCUACUUUCUUACCUUAGAAAAACGUGAGAAGCCCAAGACCCAACUCUCAACAUGGAACUGUUAUGUAGUGUACAACUAAAGUGAGAAGUUUUAAAAAACAGGUCCCUACCUUCCAGGAUAAUGGCCUCAGGUUUUGUAGCUCAUGCCUGGGUGGAGACUGGUAACUCCACUGAAGAGAAUUUGUACAGUAACACCUGUUUUGAAUGCGGUACCUUAAUCUUUAAUCAACUGAGUUCCCUAAACUCCGUAUGCUCACUGACAGAUUGAAACAAAUUGUGGUCUAUUCUAUUUUUUGAAGAAAAUCAAUUCUUCAUUGUACAGAUCCAUUUAGUACAGUGGGCAUUCCUUCAAGACUGUUGUAUUUGGCCCUUAGAAGCCUUUGGGUUUCAAUCAGUUUAAUUGUAUGUGACUAGAAUGUAAGCUCAUACAGGCAGAAAUUUUUGUCUCUUUUUUUUCUGUGGAUGUGUCUCCAGCAUCUAGAGUGGAGCCUGGCACGUAGUAAGCACUCAAAUGUUUUUUUUAAUGAAUGCAAGUGAGUUUCAAAACUUUCUGUUUAAACACCUUGACCUUUUGGAGAAAUUAGCAAAAAAAAAAAAAAAAAAAAAAAGAUUCCAGUUUUCAUUUAUCCUCCUUGAACUGCUUUUUGUCUUUCACAAGAAUGCUGGAGUAAUUUCAGGAGAAAAUUGAUCUGGGUCUGUGGGACCAAAAUAAAUAGUUUAUGGUCAAAACUAAUCUUCAUCUGGUAAAAUAUUGGUAAGUGCUAGAAGUUGUGUCUAGUUACUUGAAGAAACGCAGCUAGCACCUGACAGGCACGUAGAGAAAGUUGCCUCUUGUUCGGAAUCAAACUUUCCCAAGAUCUUUAUGGUUAUUUUCUUGCCCCUCCCCCUUUCUAUCCUCUAGGUUCUCUGUGUAAUUGACCUUCAAGUCACCUUUGUUGUGAGCCACUUCAAACAUUUUUAGAAAAGUGGUGUAGUGUAACAUUUUGUCUUGCAAAAGUCACCUAGUAUUUGUGAAUACUUAAAACUAGGAAUCAAAACUUGAAAGUGGUGAGGCUGUUGCCUCAAUUUGACAAAUAAGGAUUAUGUCAUAGGCAGAAGCAAGUAUGGGGAAUGAUCAAGAAAGUUCUUUUCAGGGGCGCCUGGGUGGCUCAGUUGGUUAAGCAUCCAACUUCAGCUUCAGGUCAUGAUUUCAUGGUUCGUGGGUUCGAGCCCCACAUCCAGCUGUAUGCUGAUGGCUUGGAGCCUGGAGCCUGCUUUGGAUUCUGUCUCCCUCUCUCUCCUCCCCUCCCCCGCUCACGCUCUGUCUCACUCUCAAAAAUAAACAUUAAAAAAAAUUUUUUUAGGUUAUUUUCAGUAAGGAAUAAAAAAGUACAGUGAAGAAAACUAAUACAGUGCUUAUACCUUGUUAGAUUGAUUAUUGUUCUAUCCUCAUACUUCUCAGUUUUUAUUGCCUCCAUAUAAAAGAGCAGUCAGCCACGCUGAAUUCUGGGUCUUAGUGCAACAUUCCAGGAAGAGAAUUUGGCUCAACUUGGGUCAGGUGCCCUUAGGACUCCCAGCAGGUGAAGAAGAGAGAUGAUAGUGUAUAAACAUAGCUGCUAUCCCUGCACCCAAGUGGUUUGGGAGGUUGAGUAGAAAAUUUACCAGAAAAGGGAUGCUAAAAAGAAAAUCCAAAGGUAUUCUCUAUGACAUACUUUAAAAGAUAAUCUAGUCACAAAAAGUCCGAAAAUACAAACUUGGCAAGAUGUAGACUAAUGGGACUCUUACUUAAAAUUGGUACAACUAGGGGCACUUUGCUGGCUCAGUCGGAGGAACAUUCAACUUUUGACCACAGGGUCAUGAGUUUGAGCUCCACUUUGGGCAUAUAGAUAAUUUGGUACAAGUACUUGGGAAAUAAAUUUAGCAUUCAUAAUUUUGUAAAAUGCAUAUCCUAAAAUCCAUCAUUUUCACUUUAAAGCCUUUAUAAGAAAAGUACAUAUAAAAAAAAGUGUGCACCAUGGGGCAUAUACAAGCAGAAGUAGUAUUUGAAUAUUUGAAACAUGGGCACUGACCAAUCCAACACCAACUAAUCAGAACCUAUGCCCACUAUAACUAACACGGUUUUACAGAGACAUAGCAGCUGAUAACCAACCAAGUCUGUGUACAAGAAGACUUAUGGCAUUCAUAGUGAAAAAUGACCAGUGAGAGGAGCAUGGUGAUACGUUACAGUAUAUUCAUAGAACAGAAUUCCAUACAACAAUGAAAAUGCUUUACAGUGUCCUGCAUUUGCAUGUUAAAAUCUUAAACUAUAAAGAAUACAAAGUAUUAAGUUUACAAACAAUCUGUAUUUAAGGAUACAGUGAAUCUUAAGGGAAUGGGAAAAACAAAAGUCACCUCUUCAGGAAAGUAUGCUCUUCCACUGAAGAGCAUACAGGAUCUCAACAGUAUUGUUUAUGUUCUAUUUCUUGGAUGGUGGAUUCAUGCUUUUUUGGUUAGUAGUGGCUUCUUGAAGUUUUUGCUUUAUUAUGCUCUGCCUGCAUAUAUGUUACAAUAUAUUCUUUUGUACAUAUCAAAUAUUCCAUUUUUUAAACCAUGUAUGCAACCCCAUUUAUGUAAAAUUGUAUCUAUAUGUACACAUAAUAAAAAAUUUUGUGUAAAAAAAUAGCUGGUUAAUAAGAUUGCAAAAAUCAGAACUUCAGAAAGUGCUGCAGGGGGCACCUGGGUGGCUCAGUCGGUUAAGUGUCCUACUUCGGCUCAGGUCAUGAUUUCAGGGUUCGUGAGCGAGCCCCGAGUUGGGCUCCGUGCUGACAGCUCAGAGCCUGGAGCCUGCUUCACUUCGGAUUCUGUCUCUCUCUCUCUCUCUCUCUCUCUCUCUCUCUGCCCCUCCCCUGCUUGCUUGUUCUCUCUCUCUCUCCAAAGUAAACAUUUUUUUUAAACCUUUAAAAAAGAAAAUGCUGCAGGAAUUCAAGAAUGGCAGAGUCCUGCACUUAUUAAGUACUCAGAUGAUGGACUGAUGCCUUGAGCUGGGUCUUAAAGGAUGAAUAUCAUGUAGAAAAUUUAAAUGAAGUUUAAAAAAGAGCACAUUAUAUGCCAGCUCAAAGAAGAAAGUUUUUGUUUUUUUAAAAAGGGUCUUUUAUUUUUUACUUUUUAAAAAUAUUUAUUUAUUUAUUUUGAGAGAGUGUGUGUGAGGGACAGAGAGAGACAGAAUCCAAAUCGGGCUCCAGGCUCUAAGCUGUCCGCACAGAGCCUGACGUGGGGCUUGAACUCCCGAACCAUGAGAUCACGACCUGAGCCAAAGUCGACGCUUAACCGACUGAGCCACGCAGGUGCCCCUCAAAAAAGAAAGUUUAAGACAUACUCAGAAAAAAGUAUGUCACUAAGAAUGGAGUAAAGAAUCACUGGAUAAUAGUGGGGAGAUACAAGGUAGAAUGCGGACAAACUAGAGGCGAUGCACGCGGUACAGGGAAUGGUCAGGCUGUGGGCAAUCAGUAAUAUUUUAGUGAGAUAGCAAAGCCAUGCAUUAGGAUGGAUGAAAAGAGGAAAAGGACUGUAGGCAAUAAUGCAAAGGCUCUUUAGAUAAAUGUGUGUUCAGUUCUUAUCAGCCAGUUGCCAGAUCAAAUGAAGGAGGCAAGAAGGUAACAACACACCUGUGUGCCAGUCCACUGCUGAACAAUUUACCACAAUAUCAAAUUUGUCCCAUACGCUUACAAAGCAGAGGGUAUCAUCCCACCUUUACACUUACCUGAGGCAUACAGAGUUAAUUUGCCCACGUUCAUAUAGCCAGUAAAGUGAAAGAGCUUCAAUUCAAACCAGGCCUGUGACUCUAAAGUACAUUUUCUUUCCUCUGUGUCAUGGGCCCAACAUAGUCAAAAACCCAAGAAUGAGAAGGCUCAUGAAGACCUUGCUGGUCAUAACCCUUAACUUGAAGCCAAAACUUAAGUGGUAAGCUUCUUCCCCAAUAGCUUGCUUUGUUAACAUCUAUGUAUAUUUGCUGACUUUUGUGUACAAAUUUUACUUAAGUGAAAACAAACUCCUGUGUGGAGACUUGGGGAUCCUAAGGAAUACCCUCUCCUAACUGGACUUUGCCUUUGCGUUAUAUAUGCAUCUCUGGUGCCACAACUCGUUGUUUUAGUUAUUCGUGUCUGUAUCUGUCUAGAAAGUUCUAGAAGGAUAGCGCCGCUAUUCAUUAUUGUGCUACUUUCCUUGCUUCACAUUUGUAACAGUGAUUUCCAUAUAGUGGACAUACGUGGGCUUUGUAAACAUUAUGCAAGGCUGGAAACUAGUUAUCACAGUAAACUGCUAUUUUGGGGAAAAAAAGAACAACCAGGGAAACCAGAGGAAUGGGGUUUAAAGCAGUCAUUUUCCUAGGAGAGUAAAUAUUACAGGUUUUCACAACUAGUUGAUGCUUCUUGGUCCAUUCCCCCAUUUAAAGGCCAAGGGGGAAAGAUGAAGGCAUUUGUAAGGAAAAAUGAGUUCCCAGACUGCACCGUCUUCCUACCUGAAGGUGAUUUUGUCCUCAUCUUGCUGUGGUGAGAGCCCAAGAAAGAAGGAAACUAGCUUACUCAUUCUUCAGGGUUGCUGAGUAAUUAAUUGCUGGGAAGUUCCACAAAUAGGCAAGGCCACAUUCUUUUUAGGUGUAAUAAUUGUGGUUGCUGAAAAAUCUGGAAGCAACCCAAAUAUCAGAGUGCCAGGUCAAAUGAAGGAGGAAAGAAGGGAACCGUCAGGAAGGAAGGGUCCAUCCACCCUGGAGUAUUAUGCAUUCAAUAAAAAUUUAGAAAGAUUGUAGCAACAUGAAAAAAAAAAAAGGCCAUGAGAUGUUAACGGGGGAAGAAAGCACGUUAUACAGUAGGUAGAAGGGAAGUGAAGAGGAAAGGAUAUCAGGGAAAACAUUUUAAAGUUAUGACGAAUCCUUUUACUCAAUUUAACAUUUACUAAUCACCUACUACAUCUCAGGCACAUGGCCAAGGGCUAGGAGGAGGCCAAAAUCAAAAGGUUCCUGUAGAAUUUACAGCUUAAAACAGUAGAUUAAACGGAAGAGUGCAAUAUGACCCCUUGUCACAAAGAGCCACACGGUAUUCACACCUUUCUUUUUUAGUUUAAGGGGUGUCCCUCUGUUUAGUUAUUUUAGCCUAGCAGUCACUGUAUGGGCAUAAUAAUUGCUGCUGCAAAGUUCACCUCUGAUUCUUUGUCUUCCUACUAUUGACAUCUCUCUUUGUCGAGUACCUGCUGGUGUUUGUGUGCAGGCAUCGCGCUUGGUGCUGUGAAGUGGAAGUGAGUUAAGGAAGGCCUGUAGCCCCAGCCCCCCAGGGCUUCUCCAUCUAACUGGAGACGAGGUACAGGGCUCGCAUACAAGUCAGACUUCAAUGAGCGUCCAAGGGAAAGGGGAUCAAUUCGGAGGCCAGAAGAGAUCUGGGAGGGUAGUCGCUUCUGCCAGGGUCCGGCCCCGAGGGUUAGCAAGGCCUGGUAGAAGGCUAGCGGGGCGGCGGGCAGGCGCAGCGGGAGCUCGAGCUGGAACGCUCCAGCUAGAGUCGGGGACGCGGCGCGCGCAGCCUGGCCCCGCCCCCGGCGGCGGCUCUGUGCGCUGAUUGGCCCGCGCCGGCCUCGCUCGCGGUUGGCGGGAGGCCUCUGAGCGGGUAGUGCCGCUGCGGAGCGAGUGGCGAGCAACCGCCUGAGGCCUCGAAGCGUGCCGAGGGAGGCUGUCCGGCGCCCCGGCCCCAGGUUUUGGCAGGUAUCUUCCGCUCGCGCUCCGACGUCGGGCCUCGCCGGCCACCCUCCAGUUUCGGCUGCGCCGGGUCCUUCCAUCCCUCUCGCCCCGGCCCCGCCGCCCACCGGGUGUGAGGAUGGGACGGCGUCCCCGCCCCCUUCCCCCACACGCUUCGGCCCGCGAGUCUCCUCAGGUGUCCUCGCCGCGACGGGAGCACACCCUCCCGGCGCCUCGGGCCUGGGCUCGGGCGGGGGGCAUACGAGGUCGGAGUCCGCGAGGCUGCCCCUUCCUCGGUCGCGCUGUGGGGACCGCGGAGCGGCGUCGCGCUCCUCCGUGUCGCCGGCGGGCCCUUCCCUGGCGCGCUCGCGGGGAGGAGAGGCCCCGGGGGACGCCGCCCGCCGCCGGUCGUGAUCCUCUGGGGAGGAGCCCGCCCCGGUCCGCUUGGGUCCCCGUCAGCGCGUCCUCUCCCAGGAGCCGUGGGGUCGCAGCCGCUGUCCGUCCGUGCCCUGGCCCCGAGCCACCUCCCACAGUUUCCAGCCGCCGGUUUCUUACCCGUCGGCACGGCUGGGGGCCAGCGGGCUUCGAUUUUUUUUUUUUUUUUUUUUUUAAAGAACCUUUUGAAGGAAUUGAACACUUCGACACGGAUAAACCCCAUGCUAUGUGAAAACCGAGGUCCCGCUUGUUUAACAAAUGUUGUUCUCGAACACAAGCACGUUUAAAAAUACCUCUGGUCUCUGUUACCAGUACCAUCUUAACAUUUCAGUUAUAUCGCCGGAGGUGAAAUGUGGCUCUCCGGGCACCGUCUGACUCUUCUUCCCUCGAAAGACACGCCUCCCUGCAAAAAAGACGCAGUAAUGCUGCUGCCGUGUAGUGAGUUUGGGCCACGGAUUCAGCACUACAGGCUCGGCAGAUCCGUAUACUUCCUUCGCUCAUGAACCGUCCUAAAUAUGUAUUAUGAACAACGUCUAAGAAUAGAAUACGUAAUUUUUACUGAAUGCUUCUGUGUACCAGGAUCUAAGAGCACCUAGGUGUGUCUCGUCUCUUAACAUCCGGAAGGAGGAAAUGGGUGCUCCCAGGAGUGGUGCUCCCAGGAGUGCGGCCACAACUCACUCCUACGGUUCUGUCCAGCCCAGCUUCCAUUUAUUCCGACCACCUCAUCAUGAAAGUGUCUGGUUUUCUCCACCUAAUUGCGUGGAUUUCUAAUCAGACUUGAACUUCUUCUUGAAACAGCUCUGCUGUGCAAUUUUACAAGUGCUGUAGCACCUAGCAUUUGGCUGAGGUCAAAAGUAUUCAAUAGCUAUUUAGAUGUUAAAUUAGACAAAAAAAAAAACAAACCCAUAUUUAAAAAUCAACAUUAUGGAGUUGUGAUAAUAGCCCCAGCAAAGCUUCCAGCAGUUUUGCCAAGAAUUUUUUUUUCUUAAAUUUGCUGUGUUUUUUUUUUUUUUUUUUUAACAGUUUACAGUGUGUGGUUAUGAUGGAGAAAAAAUGCUGUGGUUAUUUCCAUAAGGAUUCUGUUUUUUAAGAGUUAUUUUAUUUUAGCAAAACGGUGGUAAGCCCAUCUUUCUUCCCUAAAGCAAUGGCUAAUAUUUAACCACUAAGUCACAAUUUAUUUUGCGUAUUGACAAUGCAAAUGCUUGACUUAAAUUUUUAUAAAGUGUAAGCUUAUAAGCUGGGUUUGUUUUCCUGGCAGGGUGACAGUAAGUAAUAUCGGGCUGCAUACCAUGAUGUUUUACACAUGAUUUCAUUUAAUUCUGAAAACACUUCUUUGGUGGUUAAAGGAUAUGGGCCUUUGGUGUCAGACAUUCCUGGAUUCAAAUCCUAGGUUUAUCACUCGUUAAUUAUGUGACCAUGGGCAAAUUUCUUCUUCCCCAAGCCUCAGAUUUCUCAUCUAGAAAAUAAGGAUAAAAUAAUACCCAUUUUAUAGAAAUGUUCUGAGGAUUAAAUGAGAUAAUGCAUGUGAAACUUUUCGCACAGUGCCUGGCACACAUUAAGUGUUCAGUGUAAGGCUGCAAUUAUAAGGAAGUUAAGGUUUCCCUGCCUGCCCUGAAUCGCCAUCAGAUGUUGCUAUUAGAUUUUUCAUAUAGGCAGCUGAGUCUCCCAAUACUGAUUCUGUCGUAUGAUUCUGUGCACCACACCCUAACACUCUUUAUAUUACCCCCAGAGAAAACAAAUUAUUUUAGAUACCUAUAAAUUAGCUGUGGUAUAUUUACCAAAGGGGGGAAAAAAAACCCAGACAUCCUAUUCAAGUGUGAAUUCUAGUACAAUUUUUUUUCAGAUUGGUGGAGUCCACAUAAAAACCCACUACAGGGUUUUACCAUUUGAGUGUAGUUUCUUCUGGUUCCUUCCUUCUUCCCUGUCUCUUACCCUUUCUCAUAUUUUUAGUUGCCUUGCAUUCUUUUCCUCUUGCUUCCAUGAGAACUCUAUUUUCAGUAUAUCUAAAUGAAGAGCAUAAUUUAAAACUACCUCAAGUUGGAAUACGAGUAAGAAUGUAGCAUUGAUCGCUUUUCUCCUUAGUGUCUCCAUAACUUUUCUGCCAGUGUUUGCUGAUUAACUUCAAUGAAUCUCUGUUUGGGGAAUUUCACAGUUCUUUCUCUAUUUCCUCAAAUUUCAUAUGAAGUAUCCCAACACAUAUAUAGAAUUUAACGGAAUAGUGUAAAGCUAUACUAUGAACAUAUUUAUCUAUUUGAUUGACAAAAUUUGCCUUCUGGUUUCAUGAUAUGUCCGUGGUUAUCUUAGUAUAACAACACUUUUAAAGUUACCUAACAUUGAGUAAAACUUACCUUCUGGGAGAUAUGCCAUAGUUAUUCUGUAUUCUGGCACAUUCCACCCCCAAGCCUAGCUCCCAGUUUGAGAAGCCUGACUUUAAUUUUUUCCAUCUAGAUUGUAAGGCUGCUCUUACUUCGGGGGAAAAAAAAAAAAAAAGAUGCAGAUGAGACCUCCAGCUGUCUCCCAGACGAGGUGGGUAGGAAAGAGCAGAAAGUUCUGAAGUCUCAAGUUUCAAUUUAUCACCCAUUCCUUUUUCUAUGGAGUUUGUAGCACCCACCCCCAACUCCAUAAUUGCCUUAAAUUUAGUUGGACCUUAGAUAUGAGAAGAAAGAUGAGCGGAUGGGAGGGAAGUGAAACAGAGGGAGGAGAGCAAUUAUAGAAUCAAUUGAAUAUAAUUUCCUCUGCUUAGUUUUUCAUAAUCUAGCCCUCUGCUGUCUAAUAUGAUAGCUGCUAGCUACAUGUGGCUGUUGGGCACUUGAAAUGUGGAUGGUGCAACUGAAAAUUUUUUAUUUUAAUUUAAAAUUAAGUACUGAAGGAGUGUAAAAUAUUUUUCCCUUACACACUACUUUACUGUAUUGGUAGGACUACUUUUCACUCUCACUAUUGGAAAUUUAGCAUCUGAAUUGAGACCUACUAUAAGUGUAAAAUACACACCAGAUUUCAAAGACUCAGUAUGAAAAAUAAAGUAUGUAAAAUAUCUCAUUAAUUUUUAUGUUGAUUAUACACUAAAAUGAUAUUUUGGGUAUACCAGAUUACAUAAAACAUAUUACGAAGAUUCAUUUGCUUGUUAGUACUUCUUUAAUGUGGCUUUAAAAAUAUAAAAUUACAAAUGUGGCUCACAUUACAGUGGACAUUGCUGAUCUAGCCCUACUAUAUCCAAUCUUAUUUUCCAUUCCUUCCUUCAGCAGGGAAGUUUCUGAGGGUCAGGAAGGAGAAUCUGUACCUAACUCCUUGAACACCAAGGGAGGCAUGGCUGCCUGGGUCACUGUGAGUUAUGGAUUGCCAUGCUUGGGUCACUGUGAGUUAUGGGUUCAGAAGUUCUCAUUAGGAUCUCAGAGUAGUUUCCUGCUUUGCCUAUGCAUAUGUCCAUUUCCUACCACCGUAUAAAAAAGGUAUUACAAAAGUAAUACAAACUGUAGUAAUAAUUAUGUGAACUAAUUACCACCAAACAUGGUAGUGAUUAUGCAUAUUGUUAAAUAUUGAUGAAUUAACUUUGUUUCUAAUUUUAUUAUAACACUGUACAUUCAUAUACACUUAAAAUCAAUCACUCAAAUCAACAGUUUGUGGUUAUGAUAGAGAAAAAUGCUGUAGUCAUUUCAAUAAGGAUUCUGUUUUUUAAGAGUUAUUUUAUUUUAGCGAAACAGUGAUAAGCCCAUCUUUCUUCCCUAAAGCAAUGGCUCAUUUAACCACUAAGUCAUACACUCACAAAUUUAAAAAUUAGAGUGAUCAAUUUAUGAGAAUCCCUCACGUAUACCCUACAUUUCUUUGCUAGAAUUGUUUUUAACUUUUCAAUAAAUACCAGUAAAUGCUUGUUGAAUAAGUGAUUUUUGUAGCAUAUCAAAGAAUUACCAGUACGAAAAUAUUUUGUGUGGGGAGGUGGAUUACUUUCAAUGUAAGAUUUGAUAUGAUAAUAAUUUAUUUCUGGAAAUAGCUUGCCUUGUUCUAUAAAAAGUUUGAAGUGUCAUAUAAUAACUAUAUGAUAAAAGUAUGUCAGUAUAAGCAGAAUUUAAAACUUUAGGAAAAAAGAAUACCACAAAUAGAUUAUAAGUGCAGCAUAGUUUCUCUAAUUAACUUUCAAAUUUGGUUUUGGGUUCCCUAGUAGUCAAAGCAAAAUGGUAUACAGGAUCUUACUGAGAAAAGAAGGUGUAUCAGUUACCCAAAGGAAACAAAGCAUUUCUUAGCAAUGAAUGAUAAAAACAAUUUCUUAUGUGAGUUACUAUCACAAAUAAUAUUUUAGUAGCAAGUUCAAUAACAUUUUAUAUGACUGCAUCUGGUAAUGUCAUCUGAUUAGUUGUUUUUAUAUAGAAAUGAACAAGAGUGUGGUAAAUUAUUAUGUUUUAUUUUUACAGGAAUCUUGGGAAACCAAAAUGAGACAUAAUCAGCUGUGUUGUGAGACACCGCCUACUGUCACUGUUCAUGUAAAAUCAGGGUCAAAUAGAUCACAUCAGCCUAAAAAACCCAUUAAUCUGAAGCGUCCUAUUUUUAAAGAUAGUUGGCCAGCAUCUGAAAAAAAUGCACAUAAUAGCAACAAGUCUAAACGCCCCAAAGGACCCUGUCUAGUUAUACAGCGACAGGAAAUGACUGCUUUCUUUAAAUUAUUUGAUGACGAUUUAAUUCAAGAUUUCUUGUGGAUGGACUGCUGCUGUAAAAUUGCAGACAAGUAUCUUUUGGCUAUGACCUUUGUUUAUUUCAAGAGAGCUAAAUUUACCAUAAAUGAGCAUACCAGGAUAAAUUUCUUUAUUGCUCUGUAUCUGGCUAAUACAGUUGAAGAAGAUGAAGAAGAAUCCAAAUAUGAAAUUUUUCCAUGGGCUUUAGGGAAAAACUGGAGAAAAUUGUUCCCUAAUUUCUUAAAAUUAAGGGACCAACUCUGGGAUAGAAUUGACUAUAGGGCUAUUGUAAGCAGGCGAUGCUGUGAGGAGGUUAUGGCUAUUGCCCCAACCCAUUAUAUAUGGCAGCGGGAACGCUCUGUGCAUCACAGUGGAGCUGUUAGAAACUACAACAGAGAUGAAGUUCAACUGCCCCGAGGACCUAGUGCCACCCCAGUAGAUUGUUCACUCUGUGGUAAAAAAGGAAGAUAUGUUAGACUGGGAUUGUCUUCAUCAUCUUCAUCCAGUGAUACAGUAGAGGUGAUGGAGAAACAUUCUCAGGAAUCACACAAGUCAAUGGACAUAGUAGUCAAUCCUUCUCAAGCUUGUAGCUAUUCUCAAGCCAACGACCAUCAAUCAGACAAAGAAAAGAAAACUAAUUUUAUGAAGAAAGACAAAUCUAUGGAGUGGUUUACAGGAAGUGAAGAAUGAAAUGGCUCAACUAAACCAACUUGGAAUCAUUAACUACAAAAUGUCAAACUACAAGACAAGUGUCAAAAUGGGACAUUUAAAUUGUUUUGAAAUGUUACACAUCUUCCUUCAGCUUUUGUUAUUUUUUGAAAUUAUAUGUAAAAGUUAUACAAAUCAUAUACAAAAAAUUUCAAUCUAUGAAAGUAGUGUUUUGCAAUAUAAAGUUCUAUUUUGAUACCUUUCCUUCUUCACAUCAGUUGCUAUCCUCUGAGGUACUCAGUUAAGUUGUGGUUUAAACUUCCUCAGCUUGACAAGAAAUGCUAAUUUAAGGAGAGAGAAAAAAAGUAAGGUCAUUACAAUAAUUAGAAGAAAACACCAUUUAAUAUGACCUGAAAACAUCACUCACCUGUAUGACCAGUUUGCCAGUGUAUAGGUCUAGCAAUAUAGGGAAAUGAUCCAUAUGGAAAAUCCGAAUGUGAUUCUUCUGUUGUAGAACAAAAUAUAUAUUAUAAGCUACAUAAAAUAUGUUAUAAUUUGCUCACAAAACUGUUAAAAUACAAACUACUGUUUCUUUAA